AUGAACACACACUACCUCACCACUUCGCGUACCAACCCCCAGUUCUACAUAUUCAGCCAGCUCUUUGGCGACGAUCUCGAUUGGAGCCACCAGCAGUGCGAUUGGGAGGGGAUUCAAAACGUUGCCUGGCAGGAGUUCUGGCAGCGUGAGGGGCACGAGCUGCUGGAGCAGAAGUGGCACAAGCGCUUUCCCGAGUACAAGGACCUUUUUGAGGCUGUGACGCCUGAGGAGCAAGCCCUAUGGAAGGAGCUGUGGGAGAAACACGCCAUUGAUUCGAGUGCCAAGUUCUGGCACAUUUUCAACUGCGCCUUCGAGAACUACCAAAACGAAUUGGCCAAAUCAUUUGGCGUUAGCUUAAAUGCAAUACCAGAGGAAAUUGAACAGAAUUUAGAAACUUUGAGCCUUAACAAUAAGCCGAGAAAGUCAAAACAUCGAAAACCCAUCGAAAGCGAGGAGGACGAAUUCUACCUAACAGCCAACGACGAUGCCGAAGAUCUUGACGAGGAACAGCAGCUGGUGCUCCUAGGAUUGCCCACAUCCUUUGCCUCCAAGGGAGUUCAGAAGAGCCGAAAGCCGAGAAAACCACUUGUUGAAUCUUCUAGCAGCGACAGCGAGGAUAGUGACGAGCUGUUAAUCAUGGAAAAAAACGAGGACAGUGCUCUCCAUGUCGUGCAAAAUGGUGGCGUCAAAAAGAACAAACGGCGGCAAAGGCAGGCCAACAAGCUCAGGGCCAGGAUGCCCGAGUUUAUGCUGGAUGAGAACAGUCGGAUGACGAAGUACUGGUUCAAGCGUUUCUCCCUGUUCUCCCGCUUCGAUCAGGGCAUCCGGCUGGACCGCGAGAGCUGGUUCUCGGUGACGCCCGAGAAGAUUGCCAAACAGACGGCCCGACGUCUGGCCUGUGACAUUAUCGUGGAUGCUUUUUGUGGCUGCGGGGGCAAUGCCAUUCAGUUUGCCAACACCUGCGGUCGCGUCAUCGCCAUCGACAUCGAUGCGGAGAAGCUAGCGAUGGCGAAGCACAAUGCUGGCAUUUAUGGUGUGGCUCACAAGAUCGAGUUUGUUCAAGCCGAUUUCCUGCAGUUUGCGGCCAGCACCAGGAUUCGCCCGAAUGUAGUCUUCCUCAGUCCGCCUUGGGGUGGUCCUGACUACCAGAAGCAGGCAGUCUUCGAUAUAGAGGAGAGUUUGUUGCCCGUGGGCGCUAGUCAACUAAUGCAGCUUUCGCGUCGACUGGCUGACGAUGUUGCGUUCUUCCUGCCGCGCAAUGCAAACAUGAGGCAAGUGAUCGCCUUGAGUGGAGCGGGGCAGCAGUGCGAGGUGGAGCACAAUUACCUGGACACCAGAAUGGUGGCUCUGACUAGCUAUUACGGCAGUGGAAUUAUAAAGGGUUCAUAAGCCGAAUUAAGAGUUAAGAGAGAGAUAAUAUCCAAAGUAAUUUGUACUUUCAUGCUGGACUAUCCAGGUCCAUUAGGGACAUUAGUAGAAUUAACAGUUAAAAGGGAGAUAAUAUGCAAACUAACUUGUACUUAUAAAAGUUAAGACAGUAUGCAUUAAGAAAAUAUUCAGGCAAUAGUUAGUUAAGCAGAAAAAGUUAAUUUGUAGAGCAUUUGAAAAGGAAACUGAAUUCAUUUAUUUAAAAAGAAAAACUUGUUCGUCAGCCUCUAAUUUGCUUUUUAAUGAAAAAAACAUGUAGCCGAAGAAGCUUCUUAUUUAUGAUGUUUAGAAAAGAACCAAUCACAAAUUCGUACAAUAUGAAACUAUAAAAUUCUUUGAGUUAUGUUGAAGAAUACGUAUAACACUUUUAUAGUACAUAUACCUUUUGUUAUAACCACUAGAUGUAAGUAAAUAGAAGUCACAAAUCCGUUUAAUUAAGCAUCAAAGAAACAUGUUAUUGUUUUUAAUACCUUUUUUGUUCAUCGUUUAUCCCCUUAAGUUUUUGUCUCCGUUUGCCACAUCGUGAAAAGUUGGCUAAUGAAUAAAGUCGCCUCACAUGUAACACAA